CACUUUCUGAUUGCAGGUGCCUCAGGUAGCCAUUGUGAAGCAGUGUGACCCCGGCUAUUACGUGCUGGGCAGCCUCUGCUGUAAAAUGUGUCCAGCUGGCUCGUACGUCAGUGCACACUGCGACGUGAACCAUGCCACACAGUGCGAUCGCUGCCCGUCUGACACCUUCAUGAACCACCCCAACAGGGAGACCGCAUGCCGACCGGUUACCGAAUGCCGGGGUGCAGAUCAGGAGAUGGUGGUUAACUACACCCGUGUCAGCGACCGGCAGUGCCAGUGUAAGUCCGAGAUCUAUUACUGCGACUCUGAGGACUGCGUGGAGAACUGCAGUCGCUGUACCAGUUGUCCCGGCGCCACCCUUCAGAAAUGCAGUGCCACAAAAGAUACCGUGUGUGCCCCAGAGCCAGGGAACCCAGCCACUAACCAGGCCAGCGGGUGUUUGUCUUUGCCCAGUAUCAUUGGCAUCAGCAUCGGCGUUAUUGCCAUCAUCGCCAUCAUCGUGGGCAUCAUCUGCUAUAGGAACCAAGGUGCGCAGAUUUUCCAGCGGGUGGUCAGUUACUUGAAACGAUCGAGCGAGCCGGGCAGCCCGCCAAAUGGAAGCAUCCAGCCCAGUGAGGACCCUGAGAGAGACUCCCCAGCCCCUGGCAUGGAGACAAGACCGCUGUUGGAGAACGGCUCGGCCUUAGCACCCAGGGCCGGGACCUGCCCAGGACCCUCUGAGGAGCCUGAGGAAGGAAUUGAGCUGGAGGUGGUGGUGGCCGAAGGGAGCCAGGCAGCCCCAGAGCAGGUGCUACAGGCCUCUGCCCUCAAUGUCCACGGGCCCCAGAGCCUGACCAAGGCGCCAUCCUCCCUCAGAUGUCUGGAGCAGGAUUAUAAACAAAAGUAUUUUUUGAAGGACACGUCCUGUGAUGCCACCAAUAGGCUGUGUGAUGAGUUCUGCCACAAGGUUCCAGAAAGUAAGUGGAAGAUGUUCAUGAGUCUGAUCGGACUUGAAGAAAACGACAUUGAGAUGUGUGAGCAGGAAACCCCGGGCCGUUUGAUGGAGCAGCGUCGGGAGAUGCUCCUGCGCUGGAGGGACACGGCGGGCAGGGACGCGUCCCUGUUCACGCUCAUGGCAGCCUUCCACGCGAUGGAGCCGGGGGAGUGUUUGCAAAAUAUCAUAAACGUAUUGGUUGCUGAAAAUAUCUUAGGUAAUCAUGUAGAGGCCCCAAACUAAAGAUUUCUGGUGCCGUGUUGUGCCAUGAAGCAGUGUUAUGAGUGGAGAGGGCCCAGCCUCCUUCGCAGGUCCAAUCCCAUUGAAGCCUUUCUGAAUCUCAGAUCUUCCUUGUGUUCGGGCCACCAUGGCCAGGAGAAUAUACGAAUGAACAGUCAUGCUUCCAAGCAGAACCCCAUUACUCAUUGUAAAACAUUGUGUUUAAAUCGUCCCUUUUAUGUUGCAAAAGGUCCCCCCUGGUUUCCUGUAACAAAAGCUGACAACCUAACAAAUUCUUGGAAACCCCUUUACCGCAGUGCCUUUGUAGUUACUGAGUAUAAAUGAGGGAAGAACUGAGGGUCGGGGCUGCAGUUCGGCCCUUACGUGGGUGACACGCCACAACUGUAGCCGCUGGCCAGUUAAUAAAGGCUCCAAAAAUUCAAACACAAA